AGGUCCAUCUUUAUAGCUCCAAGAAGACCCCUUUGAACAAGAAUGCCAUCCCCUCUGGGUCCCCCAUGCCUAUCCCUCAUGGACCCUGAGAUCACCUUUGAGGAGCCUGAGGCUGCACGUCUGCGCUUCCGGGGGUUCUGCUACCAGGAGGUGGCAGGUCCCCGGGAGGCCCUGGCCCAGCUGAGAGAGCUGUGUCGCCAGUGGCUGCGGCCUGAGGCCCACUCCAAGGAGCAGAUGCUGGAGCUGCUGGUGCUGGAGCAGUUCUUGGGCACACUGCCCCCUGAGAUCCAGGCCUGGGUUCGAGGUCAGCAGCCAGGCAGCCCCGAGGAGGCUGCUGCCCUGGUCGAGAGGCUGCAGCAUGACCCUGGGCAGCUGUUGGGCUGGAUCACGGCCCACAUACUGAAGCGGGAAGUGCUCCCUGCAGCCCAGAAGACAGAGGAGUCCUCGAGGAGCUCUCAUUCCUCAGGGACAGUGGAGUCCCCUGGAGCAGCCCCUGGGGAGGGUCCUCAGGACACCAGGAUAGAGAGGUCCACCCAGCUUAGCUGCAGCGUGAAGGAGGAGCCCGAUGCCGAUGGGCAGGAAAUGGCACCCCCCAGCACUCCCCUUUCAGCCCAGUCCCCCGAGGGGCACGUUGGACACCAGGAACCAGAUUCCGUGUCUUUCCACCAACCCAGGAUUCAGGAGGAGUGGGGGUUGCUGGACCCGUCACAGAAGGAGCUGUACUGGGACGCGAUGCUGGAGAAGUACGGCAGAGAAGUAGUCUCUCUGGGGUUGCCGCCCCAGCAGCUGCAGCCAGUGCGGGCCCAGCCUGAGCCAGGGACGCUGCGCGAGGGGCCCGAGGUCUGCAGAAGCCUUUGCCCAGGAGAUGAGACCGAGGGUCCGCCGGGCUGCCCAGAGGCCCAGCUACCCCAGGGGCAGGGGCCUGUCGCUUGGGAGGGCCUGUCUGGGGCCGCUGCACCCGCUCCGCCGGCCGGCCUGGGGACACCGCCUGCGCGCCCCCCGCCCACGCCCCCGGAGGCUGGGGAGCCUGGCGCGCCUGCUAGGAAGCGCUACACGUGCGAGCAGUGCGGCCUCGGCUUCGACUGGAAGUCGGUGUUCGUCAUCCACCACCGGACGCACGCGGGCAGGCAGAGUGCGCAGGCCCGGGCCCCGGGCCCUGGGGGCGACACGGAGAAUUCGCCGCAGUGUCCCCUGGAACACGCUGCUUCGCGCCACCGGCCGCGGUCGUCGGCAGGGCCCGGGAGCUUCGUGUGUGAGGAGUGCGGGAGCCGCUUCAGCUGGAAGUCGCAGCUGGUCAUCCACCGCAAGAACCACACUGGCCAGCGGCGCCACUUUUGCAGUGACUGCGGCCGCGGCUUCGACUGGAAGUCCCAGCUGGUCAUCCACAGAAAGAGCCACCGGCUCGAGGCCGUGUGAACACCUGGACAGCGCAGCCCCGCCCUGGGGCCUUGGAGUUUUCAGGGCCUGGAUGCCAGCCCCCGUGGCGUGAGGAUCUGCCUCAGUCCAGGAGAUUCUGGAGGCAGCAGGGGCCUCCGGAGUGAACGGUGGUCCCAAGCAGGUCCUCUGCCCCUGGCCUGGCCUCCCCUAAAAGAACUGGGUGCAAGAAAAAGAAGCUGCUCCCUCCCUUCUUGCCCUUGUCUUCUGGAAUGAGGCCUGGGUUCAAGUCCUGGGCUUACUGGUGACCGUGGGGUGACUGCCAAGCCCCAGGCCCCCCGCUUGUGACAUGGUGCAGGCUGACAACACUCUCUACUCCU